AUGACUCAUAGGAAAACGCGUCGAGAUGAGCAAAGAAGUUAUUUGCUGAAUCACUUAGAUCCUCGUCCGUUGAACUUUUUUUUGAGGUUCAAAUAUCGUAGUAGUUCAAAGGCUCAUCACGAGUACGGGCUACGGCUAAACCAGGCUUUGCAAGAAGCGCCAGAUUCUAAGAAGUUAUUAAGUCUGAGAAGAAAAUGGGAUAAUGACGAAUAUAGGGAGGAUUGGGCAUGUUAUGAAGAUUUGAUAGAAGAUAGAAAAACCAAUCGGAAAGUAAAAAAACGAAAACGCGAAGCCCAUAUUUCUUUUCAUAAGCAAUUAGACGACGAACUAGAUAGAAAAUCGAGACAGACUGGGAACACAACCAGCGACAAUGAUCGUAAACUCGUUAAUAAUGAUGAUACUUCUCAAACUGAAAGCACCUCUAGUGAUAAUGAUUACGAUGACGAUAACGAAGGGAAUAAUCUUGACGAUGAUUCUAAUAUUUCUUUGGCAGCUCAAACACAAACUGAAAAUACAACCAUCAAUAACUAUGAUGAUAACAAACAGUUUGUGUCUUUGGUAGCACCGCGGAUUGAAAUCGUAUUAGGAAAAGACACUAUAGGAAACGAAGAGAAGAUAAACGAUGCACUGGAAAUGAGUGCCAAAGAGACCAUUCGAAAUGAUGGGAAUAAAUGGAUUUUAUGUGGCAUUGAUUUACAGGAAGAACUAACAAGAUGGAAACAAGUAAAGGUUCGACCGCGCACUGAUCUAGCAUUCUAUGACAUCGUAGAUAUCACGCCAGAUUCGAAUAGUGAUUUUAUACGAUCACUACCUGACAAUGCAGUGCAUAAGAUAAAACAGUUAAUACCGUCACCAACACCUAAUACGAACAACGAAAUGAAAGAUUACAUUAUUGAAUUUAUCAAGACAAAGGAGUUCCGCAAAUUUGUGGACGGAAGCUACUUGAAAAUGCGAGUUAAUAAUAAUACAAAAUUUAUAUGGGAUUACUUGAAUAUUAUUGUUGAAUCAAUCGAAAGGGAUAACGAUUUAACGAAUUACAAUCUGUCCGAAUUUGAGUAUAGGAAAAUAUUCUUUACUCCUCUAAUUCGAAGUCUCUUCCGAGGCACGCACCAGGAAAUGAAUAUUUGUUUUGGCGAAAAAUGUUUAUUCGCUUCAUUAGAAGAUCGUAAUCGGGGAAAGGAUGAUGAGGAAGGCCGUAAUGCAGGUCAUAAAAUAGACAUCAUUUGGUCUAUGAAGCCAAUUGACCUUGAGUUCUCUGUUGGGGAAAUCAGUGGGCCACCGAACAAGCUUUAUCAUUCACACUUUUUUAAUGACAAACUUAAAAUUGCCAAGAAUUUAAAGGUUAUCAUUAAUAGGAUUGUGAAAAAGUAUGGUGGUGCAAACAUGAACUUGAGUUUAUUAAAAUUGUACGGUCUACACGUUCAUUAUAAUGAAAUAAUUGUAUAUGAAAUGUCAAUACCAUUUCGUGGACUGUAUGUUUUUUGUGAGGUUUUACGAUCAAAAUUACCUACGAACGCUGUUGAAGUGGGGUUAAUAAAACCUUCUGUACCAACAUUUAUCAAGUUUAAGGAAUUGCUCGAAAAAAGUUUGACUGAUCUGAAAAUUUAUAUUCAGGAUGCGUGUACCCGUACACCCGAUAAUAAUGAAAAUGCACGUCUGUUCGUUACACAAACUGAUUUGACGCCCGAAAAAAAGAAAGCCCAACCAGUAGACGCGAAAAAGAGAAAGUGGUCUUGA